AUGCUCAUCACGAAUGCCUCCAAGGAGUCGCGGAAGAUCAAGGCGGCGGCUUUGGUGAACGAGCUAAGGCACGGGUCCGUCGAGAUGCCGAGGUUGUUCUCUGAUGAAAAGAAUGUCAUCCAGGUCCAGAAGAGCAACAGGCAAAACGACAGCAAGGGGGACGUCAUGCUUCAGUUCUUUUUUCAAAAGGGCUUGAGAGCAAAGGCUGACAUCUACCAGGAGAUGCUGAGGAGCGUGGCGGAGCCCUGGAUGGACGAGAUCGCUUCCGGACGCCCCUACGUCUUCCAGCCCGUCUUCGCUCCUGCACACAAAGCCAAGACGACACAGACGUGGCUGCUCAUCAUUGUUUCUCAACAUUGGUCGCCUGACUUGUGGCCUCCCUCCUCUCUCGACUGUAACCCCCUACUACUACUUGUCGGGCGCGAUCGAGGCCAAGUCCAACAGGCACGCCUACAACAACCUUUAUUAUUUACGAUUUUUUUUCUCUUUCCUUAUAUUAUCUUUCUAUCUUCAUUUCUCUUCUCUUUUCCUCAACUGCUUUAUUUAUUUAAUUAUCUGAUUCGCUUCAUUUCUUUCUUUCAUUUGUGCUUCAUUUUAAUAUUAAUUCUUCGUUUCUAUUCUCGUUUCGCUUUGUCCAGUUAA